GAGAAGAAGAAAGGGGAGGAAAAGACAACGAAAAAAACACAAAAGGGGAAGAAGAAAGAGAAAGAAAAUAAAGAGGAGGAGAAGGGGAAGAAGAACGAGGCGAAUAAAGAGGUAAAGAAGAACGAGGAGAAUAAAGAGGUAAAGAAGAAAAAACGGAAGGGCAAAAAGAAAGCAGGGGAGGAGCACAAAGCAGGGGAGCAGUCCACAACAGAGGUGCAGGUGAAAGCCCCCAUCGCGGCCCCGGAGCCAGAGCUCAGAGCAGAGGCGGAGGGGGAGGCUGAACAGGAGAGGCAGGAGGAGCAGGUAGAGGCCCAGGACCAUCACUCCAUCAGCAGUGCAGAGACACAGCCAGCACAGGCGGAGCAGAAGGUGAACGCCGAGGUAGAGAAGGAGGGGGAAGAGAAGGAGGCGGGAGUAGAGGAGAAAGAGAAGAAAGAAGAAACAGAGGAAGAGCCAGCCGGGCAGAUGGAGGAGGAGGAGGGAGAGGCGAACGGAGGGGAAGGGGAGAACACUAAUGGAGAAGACAAGAUGGCUUUAGCAGAGGAGCCCAAACCCUCCAAGCGUCCGCGGAUCAUGCAGUGUAAAGUCACCCUCCUGGAUGACACUCUGUUUGAGUGUGCGCUCGGUAAACAUGCGACGGGCUCGGAUCUGUUUGUGAAGGUGUGUGACCACCUCAACCUGCUGGAGAGAGACUACUGUGGCCUGGCCGUCUGGGAUACCCCCACUUCCAGGACGUGGCUGGACGCCUCCAAAGAGAUCCGGAAACAGGUGGCAGAUUAUACAUACGAGUUCACUUUCAACGUGAAGUUCUACCCUCCUGAUCCAGCUCAGCUCACAGAAGACCUCACCAGGUACUACCUGUGUCUACAGCUGCGUAAAGACAUCCUGAGUGGCCUGCUGCCAUGCUCCUUUGUAACUCUGGCCAUGCUAGGCUCCUACACGGCCCAGUCUGAGCUGGAGUAUGAUCCAGAGGUCCACGGCUCUCACUACACCAAGGAGCUGAGGCUGGCCCCGGGACAGGGCAAAGAGCUGGAGGACAAGGUCAUGGAGUUGCACCGCACAUACAGAUCCAUGAGUCCAGCCCAGGCAGACAUGUUGUUUCUGGAGAAUGCCAAGAAGCUGUCUAUGUAUGGAGUGGAUCUGCACCAAGCCAAGGAUCUUGAGGGUGUGGACAUCACUCUAGGGGUGUGUUCUGGUGGUCUCAUGGUAUAUAAGGACAAGCUGAGGAUCAAUCGUUUCCCCUGGCCCAAAGUCCUCAAGAUCUCCUACAAGCGAAGCAGCUUCUUCAUCAAGAUCCGUCCCUCUGAACAAGAACAGUAUGAGAGCACAAUCGGCUUCAAGCUGCCCAACUACAAGGCCUCCAAGAAGCUGUGGAAGGCCUCAGUGGAACACCAUACCUUCUUCAGGGUGUCGUCCGUGGAGCCCCCGUCGUCCCGCUCCCGGUUCCUGGCGCUGGGGUCAAAGUUCAGGUACAGUGGCCGUACCCAGGCCCAGACCCGCCAGGCCAGUUCCAUGAUCGCCCGGCCCGCCCCGCGCUUCACACGGUCCGCCAGCAAGAGGCUGUCCCGCACCAUCGACGAAGCUGGAGAUGAUCUCCAAGCCUCGCAGCUCUCUGCUAGUCCAAACAAGACCGAGGAUGACGAUUGGUUCUUCAUGCUGGGAUCUGACCAACCCCAGACUUUCUUUUCACCAGCCAGAGGGGGGGAGACUUUCUCUGUGGAGACUUCUACUCAGAGCUGGGAUGAUGGCAAGUCUGUCCAGACUGUCAGACAGGCAUGGCAGGAGACUGAGACAGGCCAGACGGUCAGACAGGCAUGGCAGGAGACUGAGACAGGCCAAACGGUCAGUCGGACAUGGCAGGGACGAGUGUCUGAUGAACAGCAGCAGGGGAGACUGGAGAAGGAGAAAGAGGAGGAUUGGUCUGUCCUGCUGGGCAGACGACCCUCCCUUCCCUAUGUCCCCUACCCCAUGAUGAAACCGCCAGUCAAAUACCGCUCUGCCCAGGUGGCAAAGGUGGCCACGGCCAACAUUCUGGAGAGGCUGCUACAGCCAAGGCAGGAACAAAGUGAUGACUGGGUCAUGCAGUUGGACCGCAGCUUUGAGUUUGCAGACACACCUCCAUUCUCUUCCCCAGUCUCCCUGGAGAAGGAGGAGACUAGGCAGGAGAGGAGGGAGGUGAUCAAGAGGCUCCAGGAAGGGGUGUUCCUGGUGGAGAAGCUGAGGGAGGUAGAGGUGCUGGAUGAGAGACUGAGGGAGGUGAAGGUUUUGGAAGAACGGCUGCAGGAGGUGGAUGAGCUGGAGGAGAGGAUACAGGAGGAGGUGGAGGCCAGGCAGCAGCAGGAGGAGGAGGGAGGGGUAGAAGUAGAGGAGGAGGUGGUAGAGGCAGCGGAAGAGAAUGUGGAGGAAGUAGAUGAGUUGGAGGAGCAGAUAAAGGAGGUGUUUCUCAAAGGAUUGCUGCCAGAUGAGUCAGGGGAAGAUGAGGGACUAAAAGAGGAGAGUAUGGAAGAGGCAGAGGAAUCUGAAGAAGGGUGGUCAAAUGUGGCGAGCACCUCUAUGGUACGGAGAGUAGAUUUGAGGACCCAGAAUAGUGUGACUACAGUGACAGAGAUGAGGCAACAAGAAGGAGGGAUGGAGGAGGUGACGGUAGAACAGGUGGAACAGGUGGCGGUUUCAGACAAGGGAUUGAAAGAGGAUGAAGGAUGGUUAGAGGAGAGGAAGCAUCAGGCUUUGGUGGAAGGGUUGACAGAGGGGCUUGAGGAAAGGAGAGGAGAGAUAAGAGUGGAAAGGAGGAGGAAGAAGGUGACUAUAGUGACACAGGAUGAGAGUCUUCCAGAUGAACUAGAGAAGAAAGCAUCUGAGAAGUUGUCAGAGGACCAGAUAGGAGGCCAUUUUUAUAAAGAGGGACAACUUAUGGUGAAAUUCAAUGAACUAUUUGCGGCAGAGAAGUUAGGGUUACCGAUAGUUACAAUUCAGCAGGAGUGGCUCCAAGAACAGGAAAAGGUCAGGGAGGAGAAACAGGAGAGAGUGGAACAGGUGAAGGUUUCAGGCGAGGGAUUGAUAGAGGUAAAAGGGGGUCUAGAGGAUAGGAUGCGGCAGAUGUCGGAGGAAAGGAUGCCAAAGGGAGAGCAGACUGUGGUGAAAACCAAGAAAACAGUGAGAAUAAUGGAAGAAAUGAGGAGAACACAGAAGACACUCGAGGAAAAGUCAUCAGAUGACAUUUUAUCAGAGGAAAGGCUGGGUGAUGGUUUUUAUACAGAGGGGGAAGUUUUGGUGAAAUUCAGAAAGGAUGUGGAGAGGGUUCCACAUAGAGUCAGACAAAUGGAGAAGCCCCAAGAAGAAGAAGAAGAAGAAGAAGAGGUAGUGGAAGUGAAUAUGCAGCCAUCCCAGCCAGAAGACAAGGACGAUUGGGUUGUGCUGCUGGACAGCCUCCCACACAAGAUUCUUUAUAAGCCUCCAGUCAUGCCAGCCGACUCCGCUCUGGUGCCUGUGGUCUCCACAAGAUUCUCUGUGGUGUUAGUAGACACGGUCGAGCAGAGAGCACCAGAGAGGGAAUGCAUUGAAGUGGAGGCCACACAGCAACAGCCUCAAAGGGGAUUGGUGGAAGCACGGAGACCGUGGCAAAUGCAGGAAGAUGAUUGGUUUAUGCUCUUGGACCUGGCUGAUCGUGUUCCUUCAGGUGUACCAACCACACCAGUUUCAGCUUCUUUGCAAGAGCAAGUUCAGGUGUACGUAGAUGAAACCAUCUCUUCCAUGGUUAAAGUGAUGACAGUGGUGCAGAGAGAGGAGACCAGGGUGACUGUAGUGGAGGAGAUGGAGGUACAGGAAGACCAGAGCCGUCUGGAACAGAAACCGUCACAGAGAGAGAUGGAAGAUGACUGGUUUGUUCUGCUGGACAUUGUUCCCAGAGAACCAUCUGUGAUUCCAUCAGCUUCUGUGGAAGAGCGUAUUCCGGUAUACCCUGAGGAAAGCGUCUCCUCUGUGGUUGAGUUGACGACAGUAGAGCAGAGAGAGGAGAGAAGGGUGACUGUAAUGCAAGAGGAGCGACGUCAAGAAGAAGUUCUACUUCCACCACAGCCAUCAAGAGAGAUGGACGAUGACUGGUUUGUGCAACUGGAUGUCGUGCCCAGAGAAACAUCCUAUAUACCACCAGUCGCUCCAGCAGAGCCAACACCGGUUUCUCAAGAUGUGAUCAGCCCUGUGGUUGAGGUAAAGGCUGAACAGCAGAAGCCAGUGGUGGUUCUGGUGGAGGAGACGAGGCCACAACAGGAACGGGAAGUAGAGGAGUGGCAGCGACAACCAGAGAGAGAUGAUGAUUGGUUUACACUGUUUGCUGAUGUCCGUGAGGAGCCGAUCAUUGUACCACCAGUUGCUCUUGGUGAGCAUACUCCGGUAUAUCCAGAUUUAAGCCAGACAACCUCUGUAGUUGAUGUGACGACCAUAGAAAGAACAAUUAAGAAGAGGGUGACUAUUGUUGAAGAGAGGUGGGGACAGCAAGAGGAGAUCCUCCAGUCAGAGAUGAUCAUCCCAGAGCAGAGACCACCAGCAGAGAGAGAGGAGGGAAAUGGACGGUUUGUUCUGUUGGAUGCCGUCCGUGAAGAACGUGCUGGGGUUCCACCAGUUUCCCUGGCUGUUAGCGAUAGGGUAUACCCAGAGGUUGUGCCAGCCAAACAUCUGACCAUUGAGCCUGAACCAAGAGUGUUUGUGGUGGAAGCAGUCCAAUCACUUCCUGAAGAUGUUGCCCUGGAGGGUAAGGCAACACAACCGCAGAGAGAGCAGGAUGAUGAUUGGUUUUUGCAGCUGGAUGUUGCCCCUACAGUAGCAGCUGCACCAGUGGUGGUGAUUUACUCUGAUGUGAGCACCACAGCUGUUACGGUGGUGAAGGAGACAGUGGAACAGAAACCACCAAAGACCGUGAGGAUCAUGGAAGAGACUGUUAAGAUGGAGGAGGGGCCGUUGGUAACACCUAAAGAAGUGGAUGAUGAUUGGUUCGUGCUCUGGGACCGCGCUCCCUCCAAGACAAUGACCACACCCAAGGCGUUCCAUGUAGACAGAGAGGUUAUAGAGCUGGUACCCCGGAGAACAGUGAUUGUGGUGGAGGAAACUAGGAAACCACAUAGAGUGGUGGAGGACAGACGUCAACCGGAGGUUGAACUGGUGAAAACACUGCCUCCCCAAGAGAGAGGGGAGGGUGAUGAUUGGUUCACGCUCUUUGAAGCCUCUCGCCAAGAGCCUGUGAAAAUGCCAACAGUUGCUGUGGUAACUAGACCUGCCCCUGUGGUUGAUGUGAUGGUGACGAGCACAGAGCAGAGAACCCAGAAAAGGGUGACGAUAGUGGAGGAGAGGUGGAGAGAGGAGAGGACCCUGCAGCAGAGACUGCCUCAGAGACAGAGAGGGAUGGACGAUGACUGGUUUGUCCUGCUGGAUGCUGCCCAUAAAGAAUUAGUUGCUCAACGUGAGCGUCUCCAGGUCUAUACUGACAUAACUGUGGUCAAAGGUCCAGCCGCUCAGCCCAAACCCAGAGUGGUGGUUGAGGAGGAGAAGAGACCAGCACAACCCCAGAGAGAUGUGGAUGACCAUUGGUUUGAGUUGCGGGAGAAAAAAUUGGUUGCAGUGGUGGCCACCCACAAGGCCACCCGUCCGGUCAGCGCCCCAGUCUUCUCCCAGGCAGCCCUGAUGGAAGCAGGGAUCCCCAUGGCCCCCCUGGACCUCCAGCAGCCCCAGACCUCCACCCCCAUCAGGCUGCCAGCCCGCCAGGACGACAGGAAGCUGCAGGUCACCGUGGAGGCAGUGGACGAGGGCUCAGCUGAGGUCAAGUCUGAGCAGACGCACACUGAGGAGCCGGUUCAAAUGAGGAAGAAAAGAGCGAAGAGAACUGAGGGUGACUCAAUUUAUAUCAGACAUAGUCUUUUAAUGUUGGAGGACUUUGAGAAGCCCCAGGAGGAUCUCAUCAGGCAUCAUACUAGUAUCAGUGAGCUGAAGAGGAACUUCAUGGCGUCUGUCCCAGAGUCCCGGGGGCCCAGCGAAUGGGACAAGCGCCUGUCUACUCACUCCCCCUUCCGCAGCCUGGGCAUCAAUGGACAGCCUUUACCUGAUGCCGACGGGAGUGUGUGUAUUACUCCUAUAAGGGAAGAGCUGGACACUAAGGCAGCGCUACAACAGGACGAGUCCAGCAGCACUGUAAGACCAUCGGGGGGGCCCAGCCCCAGCCCUGCUAGCACAGAAACUGGGCCUGAUAGGGUUGACUCCAAAUGUCAUGAUGCACCUGGGGUGGCAGGGCCAUGUGAUCAGGAUGAUGAGCAUGUUAGCUCUGGGACCACCACCAGCCACGUACCUGUCGUUGAGGUGGAGAGGGCACAGCUGCCCCACUCCUAUCAGCUCCAGGGUACAGUGCUGGAGGAGGAGGAGCCGGCAGACCCAGGGUCAAGGGGGGAGCAGUCUGGGAGGAUAACUGGAGCCUCCCACACCUCCUAUUUCGUGAGCGGUGUUCCCCAUGUCAUACGCUGUUUCCAGCCCCCUCUGGUUCAGACCCAGACAGUCACCAUCACAGACGUGUCCAACUCCCUCCCUACUGACGUCUCCACUAAGGAUGUCCCUAUCGUUCAGACCCAGACUAUCAGCUACGAGUCUGCAGAGGUGUCAGUUGAUGGGACAGACUGGGGGAAAGAGGCCACAGCACUGAGCAGCAUUCAGUCCAUUACCUCAGAGAGCAGCAGGGAAACCAGUGGCACCUCCAUUACUACCACCACCACUCACAUCUCCAAGGUGGUGAAAGGAGGAGCGUCAGCGACCAGAGUGGAGAAGAGGAUCGUCAUCACUGCCGACUCAGAGGAUGACCAGGGAAGUGACGGCGGAGCAACAGCAAUGUGAUUCAGCUCAACACACAGUCAGGGAGCCCUAUGGAUCUGAUGCUCAAGACACCAGAGCUUUGUAGUACAGACUAACCUCCCUGUCCCAGAGCCACCCCCACC